GACUGUGCCUCACUCCCGCAGGGCAUCAUCCUCUCGUUUGGGACGCGCGUACUGGAUUAUCUCCCGGUGAUUUGACACAGCUGCUGCUGGCUCUGUAAUCGACUUUUUAUUUUUAUCAUGCGAGUUUUUACUUGAGAAAAUCGUCUUUGUUGUAUUUUUUGUUUGUUUUUGGUGGAGGAAGAUUGUUUCGAUUUCAGCACGACUUCAAUGCCAGAUUCAGCAAAGAUGAGCAAAAACGGAAUGGUGACAAAAAUCCACACGAGGAUAAGAUCUGACCCGUUCACAGCCAAUUAUGAGCUGGUCGGCAGAGAGCUGGGCAGAGGAAAGUUUGCGGUGGUGAAAAAGUGCAUCGAGAAAGCAACGGGGAAGCAGUACGCUGCCAAGUUCCUGCGAAAGCGACGGAAGGGCGAGGACUGCCGCAUGGACAUCUUAAACGAGAUCGCCGUGCUGGAGUCAGCCAAGGCAAACCCCUAUGUGGUGGCGCUGCAUGAGGUCUACGAAACCAACAACGAAAUCAUCCUCGUUCUGGAGUGUGCUGCCGGUGGCGAAAUCUUUAACCAGUGUGUAGCCGAUAAUGACGAGGCCUUCACAGAGAAAGAUGUGAUCCGGCUGGCCAAACAGAUCCUGAGUGGGGUGGCCUUCCUGCAUCGCAACAAUGUGGUGCAUCUGGAUCUGAAACCCCAGAACAUCUUGCUGACCUGUGCCAGACCUCUGGGGGACAUUCGCAUAGUGGAUUUUGGCUUGUCCAGACGCAUGGACAAAAUCACAGAAGUCAGGGAGAUCCUGGGAACGCCAGAAUAUGUUGCACCAGAGAUUCUGAACUAUGAACCCAUUAGCACUGCGACAGACAUGUGGAGUAUCGGUGUCCUGACCUAUGUCAUGCUGACGGGCGAGUCCCCCUUCCUGGGUGGCGACAAGCAGGAGACAUUCCUCAACAUCUCCCAAGUCAACGUAGACUACUCACAGGACACAUUUGAGGGGAUCUCUGCCCUGGCAGUUGAUUUCAUCAAGUCCCUGCUGGUUAAAAACCCCAGGAAGAGAGCCACGGCAGAAGAAUGCCUCAACCACUCCUGGCUGAACCCGCUCCCCCAUCCCCACUCUCACCCGCACCUCCACACCAGGUUGCCCUCAUCUUUGGAUGAGCCAGAGACAAGUCAGUCGGAGUCGGAGCCCGAGAGCCCGGCUCCCUCCCCUGAGCUGGACUUGAUCGGGUCUUACCUCACAUGCCCGGGCCAGGGUGGGUUGAAGACGGGGCGUGACGCCUUCUCCUUCAGUGAGCCCCCCUUUCCAACGCGGCCUGAGAUAAAGCAGGAGCUGAUCUGCUGAAUGACGUUUUGCAGAGAGACUCAAUUCAAACUCCACGGAGCAGACGCUGAAAGCCAGCGAGCCUGCAGCUUCUUGGUCCUGAUCUGACUCAGAGCCGUGCUAUAUGGAUGCUGUAAGCCUGCCGCUGGCUGCUUCUACUGCUGUGAUGUCUGCGAGCUGGGCUGUGUGUAGUUUAAUACCUCUGAGUGUGUGUGAAUUCUUCCCCGUGCUGAUUUAUGAUUGUACAGAAGGAAUGUGAGAGGACUAAAGAUGCGGGAGAGAGGCGUGGGAGAAGGAUAUUGUCGCAGGACUGCACUGCUGCCUUUAAAAGUGACACAGCUCAGUUUAACACUGUGGCUAGUUCACCCCUGCACGCACACUGGUUUUUCUUUUCACCCAAUUAGCCUUUUGAACUGGGUUUCAGAGGAGAGGCGGCCUUGGGAAAUGACUUCACUCACUGUGUGUGCUCACAUCAAAACAAGUUCUGCUUCAGCUGACCCAGACAUACCUUCUGUGAUGAGAUUUUUUGAAGGAAGUGAAGGGUUUUGACAGAUGGUUAUACUUAAGGAAUUAAAAAAGACUUUUCCGCUGUUUUAUGUUUAUUUAUGUGUGUUUGUUGUACCACUUCACCCCCUUAAAUACACAAAGCCACAUCAAUGUCUUGAGUUUAAGUUGGAAAUAGUAGCAUUCUUGUUUUUUUUUUUUAAAGGACAAUCUUAAGCACUUUUUAUUUUGUUAUUGGACAUGCAUUUUAUUGUGAGGAAACCAAAGGCUCAUCAAGUGCAGUCAGCUGUCACAAAAUGUACUGUACAUAUUAGCAAUUUUUCACCACCCACAGUUUUUGAGGGGGUUUUUUUUACAUAAAGUGCCACUUUUUCAACCUCACUUCUGUGUUCAUUUUACAGUUUUGCUUUGUCGGCGAUUGCACAAGUUGCACAAGAUUUUUGUACUUAACUGCAAGGUUGCCGUAAGAUUUCAGGCUCUUCAAACUUUGUGAAAACAGUCUUUUGGAAAGAGGGAAUGGUGGGUGUUGAAAGCGACAGUUCAGUUUUAUUAUUAUAAUAGAUGAACAAUGACAUUGUCAACUGAAGAAUUGUAUUAAUAUGUCAUGUUUGCCUUCAGAUGCUCGGGAGCAGAGAACUUGGGAGGAAUAUCUCAAUAAAAAGUACUGAAAUGUAUAUCGUGUGUUAUAGUAUUAAGAUUAAUCUGAAAAAAAAUUGUUUGUUUUUACCAGUGUAUGAACGUUAACAUCCAUAUCUUAUUUUGUAUGUUAACUUUGACUUAUUCCUGUUGUUUUCUGCUCAUGAAUUUCAGGCAGGUUUGCACUUGUCCUUGUGGACAUAUGAUAUAAUGAAUAAAUGUUGUUGGCAUGCGUUGCAAAAUGUAACAAAGUAAAAAUACAGGUGCAUUUUGUAUCAAA